GAGUGGCAGUACGUCGGCGUCCACUCACGGCGGGUAGGCGGCACCGCUAGUUCGUGCUCGGCUCCGGCAAGCGUUCGCUUUCUUCGUGGAGGUGCAGCCAUGGCCGCGGACGCCGCCGGCCCAGAGCGAUACGGGUGCGUGCACUACAGGAGGAAAUGCAAGAUACGGGCGCCGUGCUGCGGCGAGGUAUUUGAUUGCAGGCACUGCCACAACGAAGCCAAGGAUUCACUGGAGGUCAGUAUCCACGGCCGCCACGUGGUUCCUCGUGACGAGAUCAAGCUGGUUAUCUGCUCUCUCUGCAACAAAGAACAGGAUGUACAACAAGACUGUUCAAAUUGUGGGGCAUGUCUUGGUAAAUACUUCUGCGCAAAAUGCAACUUGUUUGAUGAUGAUGUAUCAAAGAACCAGUUUCACUGUGAUGGAUGUGGCAUAUGUAGGCAAGUAGUGCAUACCUGCCAGAAACUUUCUGAAAUAUUCACCUUUUAUUUUCUCCUAUCAGUCCUAAGCUAUCAUUAUUUUUACAGGACUGGUGGUGUGGAGAAUUUCUAUCACUGUGAUAAAUGUGGAUGCUGCUAUACCUAUCUGCUGAAGGAUUCUCAUCGUUGCGUGGACAGAGCAAUGCAUCAAAACUGCCCUGUAUGCUUUGAGUAUCUAUUCGAGUCGACGAAAGCUGUCAGCGUGCUCCAUUGUGGACACACGAUUCAUCUGCAAUGCCUGUACGAGAUGAGAGCGCAUCAGCAGUUCUCGUGCCCAGUUUGCCUGAGGUCUUCUUGUGACAUGUCUGACAUGUGGCAGAAGCUUGAUCAAGAGGUUGCAGCCUCCCCGAUGCCGGCAAUCUGUCAGAAGAAGAUGAUAUGGAUCCUCUGCAACGACUGUGGAAUGACAUCGAACGUGCAGUUCCACAUCUUGGCGCACAAGUGCCCGGGAUGCAGCUCUUACAACACCCGGCAGACGAGGGGCGAUCAAGCUGCAUGCUCCAGAGCCUGAGAACGAGAGAGAAGCCGGAAGCAAAUAAACCAUGCUGCACAGAGGCUCGUGUGAUCAAUAAGCUGUAGGCCUGUAGCUUAUAGGGAGGCAGAUGAUUCUCUGCAGAACUUAGUGCAAAAAAUGCAGAUAGUGUUCAUUGGCUCUCCUCGCCGAAGAACAAGAAGUUGUUCGCGUUGCCCUGUACAUGACCCGAUUAAUGCCUGCAGUUGUAUAUACUCCGCUACUGUGAGGAAGAAGUCCUAAGACCGCCAUCUGUAAUAAGAAAACAGGGGCUAAUCCACAAGAUAACUGCAAGCAGUCCUAAGAUUGUGGGCAGAAAUAUGUGUGAAUUUUUAUUUC